GCCCCCUCGCUCUCUCUCUCAAUGACUUUCCCGGGAAAGUAAAUAGGAAGGAAAAUCCAGAAGGAAAAUAUUAAUUUAGGGUUUUUUUAUCCGUCCAGUGGGAACAUGUCUCAGACCGGAAAGUUGAUGCCAAAUCUCGAUCAGCAGACCACCAAAAUGCUCAACCUCACCGUGCUCCAGAGAAUGGAUCCCUUCAUCGAAGAGAUUCUGAUCACUGCGGCGCAUGUUACGUUCUACGCGUUCAAUAUAGAGAGCAACCAGUGGAGUCGCAAAGACGUUGAAGGAUCUCUUUUUGUCGUUAAGAGGAAUACUCAACCGCGGUUCCAGUUCAUUGUAAUGAAUCGCCGUAACACAGAUAACCUGGUGGAGAAUCUAUUGGGAGAUUUUGAGUAUGAAGUUCAAGUUCCAUAUCUGUUGUACCGGAAUGCAUCCCAAGAGGUUAAUGGUAUUUGGUUUUACAAUCCACGGGAGUGUGAGGAUGUUGCAAAUCUAUUUAGUAGGAUACUCAAUGCAUUUUCAAAAGUUCCUUCAAAGUCAAAAGUAGCUUCAAGCAAAAGCGAGUUUGAGGAACUUGAAGCAGUCCCAACCAUGUCAGUGAUGGAAGGUCCUCUUGAGCCAUCAUCAUCUGCCACUGAUGCUCCUGAAGAUUCUUCUUUCCGAAGUAUUUUUAGUGCAGCUACAAAUAUUGGAAGCAGUGGCUUAAACCUAGCAAACUCAAGACAGUCAUCACAGCCCUCCUAUCAUUCUUCAGCAACUCUCCCUCUAUCUUCUCAUUCACCCAGUGUUGUUUCCUCUCCUACGCCAACUCCACAAGUUUUAUCACUCUCUCUUUUGGCUUCCUCUACUCCGACACCCCUCCAUGAGACUUUUGAUCCAAUCAGCAACAGCAAUCAGGUAGCUAAUCUUCUAAAGCCCUCUUCGUUUUUUUCACCCCCAUCUUCCUCGUCUGCAUUGAUGAUGCAGCCUAUCUCUUCAUCUGUGCCAACCGCUCCUGCUCUUCAUCCUCCCUUGAAUUUGCAACGCCCAUAUGGCACUCCAAUGCUUCAACCAUUUCCACCACCGACUCCACCACCAUCUCUUACUCCUAGCUCUGCUCCUCAAAAUGAUGCACCAUUUAUUAGCAGAGACAGAGUUCGUGAUGCACUUGUGAUGCUUGUUCAGGACGAUCAAUUUGUUGACAUGUUUUACAAAGCAUUGGUGAAGGCGCACCAUCCAUGAGUACCUUCGGGAAGCAGUGUGCUUUCCUUCUGAAGAUUUUUAAGAUGUACAUCUACAGAGUACCCGUAGAGAAGUAGUGAGCUCCUUCUGGAUGUUGCUGAGAAAAAUCUAUUGUAGGAUCAGUUCUGUAUAUAGCUUGUUUACUCGGGUUUCAGAAACAAAGGCAGUUAAAUAUCUUUCUGGUCUAACAUGACACUAGAACUUCAACCCCUUUGGAAGCUUGUCCACUUUGAGUUGUUGUUUUCUUGGAGAUUGGAAGGGUGGAGCUCGCUUGGUUGGUUCCGUUAUGUUAUUAUCUUUCCUAAAAUAGAAUGCUUGUAACAGUUGAAAUAGAGAUUUAUUUUCAUUUCAAAAUUUCAGUUGUUUUUGUCUUCUUCUUCUUUCCAUUUAGGGGAAGUAAAGCUUUAUUUGUUUGAUGUCAUUUCUUUAGAUUGCACUGGGUUGUACUGAUUUCCAUUAUUCUGUUAAAAGAAGUUUAUUGGAAGCUUA